CAACCCAGAACCGGAAGUAGCCUUGGGUCGGGCAUGGCGGCGGCUGCGGAGGGCGUCCCGGCUACGCGACGGGAGGAGCCGCAUCGAGAGGAUGCUGCGGUGGAAACGGCGGAGGAAGCGAAGGAGCCUGCCGAAGCUGACAUCAAUGAGCUCUGCCGGGACAUGUUCUCCAAAAUGGCCACAUACUUGACUGGAGAACUGACAGCCACCAGUGAAGACUACAAACUCCUGGAAAAUAUGAAUAAACUAACAAGCUUGAAGUACCUUGAAAUGAAAGAUAUUGCUAUAAACAUCAGCAGAAACCUGAAGGACUUAAACCAGAAAUAUGCUGGACUCCAGCCAUAUCUGGAUCAGAUCAACGUGAUUGAGGAGCAGGUGGCAGCUCUGGAGCAGGCAGCCUACAAGUUGGAUGCUUAUUCAAAAAAACUGGAAGCCAAGUACAAGAAGUUGGAGAAGCGAUGAGAAUCGUGUUCAUGUGGCUCAAGCGUUUGUUACUAUGGAAGAUAUUUUAUAACCACUAAAUCCUGAGGCUGACAAA